AUGGAGACAUUUUUCUUGAGAGGGUUGCUGUUGUGUUGGCAAUGCUUUGUAAUCCCAGUGUGGGGACUGGAUUUUUACACUGUGGCAGUCUUUGAACACCCAUCAUACCUUCAGAUAAACGUAUCUAUCGUUUCUACACGUUCAGAGGCACUGAAUAGAAUGAGGGAAUUCCUGAAUAUCUACCAAGAGCAAGUCCAUGCUGCAAGUAAACAGGGAGUUAAGAUAAUUGUAUUUCCAGAGAAAGGUAUCCAUGGCUUUCAUUUCAGCAGACCUGCUCUUUUUCCCUAUUUGGAGCCUAUUCCAGAUCCUAAUGUUGUUCAAUGGAAUCCCUGCCUGCAUCCAACUGCAUAUAAUGAUACAGAGGUGCUUCAUCAGCUGAGCUGUAUGGCAAGGAAUGGCAGUAUGUACUUGGUUGCAAACAUGGGAGAGAGACAAACCUGUGAGCAAAGCGAUCCCAAAUGUCCACCCGAUGGAAGAUAUCACUUUAACACAAAUGUGGUUUUUGAUGCUGAAGGCACUCUCAUUGCAAAAUACCAGAAAUGGAACCUUUACUUUGAAUAUGCUUAUGACACACCCAAAACAGUGCAACACGUCAUCUUUAAUACAUCAUUUGCUGGAAGAUUUGGCAUCUUUACUGGCUUUGAUAUAUUGUUCUAUGAGCCAGCAGUAAGUUUAAUUGAGAAUUAUGGUGUAAAACAAAUUGUAUUCCCUACAGCCUGGAUGAACCAGUUGCCCCUCUUAUCUGCCGUACAGUUUCAUCAAGCAUUUGCUACUGCAUUUGGGAUCAAUCUUUUUGCAGCCAAUCAGCAUCAUCCGGAAUACAAUAUGACAGGAAGUGGUAUCUACACCCCAUUAGAUUUCCCCUAUUAUUACAACUCCGAGAGCAGUGAAGGUAAACUUCUUGUAGCCGAGGUCCCUAUAAUCACAUCCCGUCAAAAUCACAGCCUACAACCUGAGGUGACGGCAGCGCUUCUUGAAGGGGACAAUUAUUUUGAAGCUUUUGUCCUUCAGAAGAAGGGAGAAAAGCAGGAACAAAUUGGCCCAAUGGAAAGAAAUGAUCCUGGUGAUAUUUUUCAUAAUAUCAUGAUGUAUGAUAAUUACACAUUUAUCUCUUUGACAGGUUUAAAAGGUAAUCUGCACAUCUGUUCCAACAACCUCUGUUGCCAUGUAGUCUACAAACGUAGCAAUUAUACAGACGGUAAUCUGUAUGUAUUAGGAGCCCAUGAUGGGCUUCACACAAGGCUUGGCACUUAUUACACACAAGUGUGUACCUUGGUGAAGUGUGCAGGCUCCAGUUAUGACACGUGUGGACAAAGUGUUACAACUGCCUCUGAUAUCAUAGACUUUGGAUUAUGGGGGAAUUUCAGCACAACCCAUAUUUAUCCAGAAAUAUUGGCGGAUAAGAUGAAAAUUUAUCCUGCCGAUACCAGAGGAUGGGCUAACAGUAAUUAUUAUAUGAUCAAGAAGGGGAUGUCAGCAGGUCUUGUCACUGCAGCACUCUAUGGAAGGUGGUAUGAGAAAGAUUAGCAUUAGCUGCAGAUUAUUUCGAAGUGUGAUUUGAAUUAAAUAUAAUAGCACCAUUUCAAAUGAUUUUCAGAUAGUUUACAAUGAUAAUAUUUUUGCAUUAUAUGUUAUAAUCUUGAAUUUUGGCCAAUUUUUUACAAAAGAAAUAACAGAGUGACAGUAUAUACUCCCCCAAAAGGCAAGACAAAGGCUGCCUGUCACAUUCGUCACCUGAAUUCUCACUGGGCCUAUUUUAAGUAACAUCAUGAGGACAGAUUCUGCUUUUGGAUGUAGGUGAGACCGCUUCAGGUAAAGCCAUUUGACCUUUUUGACUUCUCCAAUUACUGCUAAGCACCUGGAAACUUCCAACUGCAAGCAGACGCUGGCUACAAAGUUAGCUUACAAAGCAGCGUUUCUACGCUGCCACAUUCAUACCAAAUUGUGUCUGUGUACACAGAUCUUCAAUAUGAUUCUCACUGGAUGUCAUAUGGGGUUAUCUGACAGAACUAUAAUGGAUUAUUUGUUUUCCUUAGUGACAAAUUUACCAGGUCUAUAUAAAUGCUGAUAUAGCAGUAAAAAAUGCAGCGGCUUUAAGAAAGUGAAAACUGAUGUGCAAAAAUUAAAAUAUCAUGGCAUUUUAACUGCAGGAUUGUCUUUGAAGUCUCUGCCUAAUCCAUUCUAGGCCAUUUAAUAUCUUCCAAGACAGGGUGCUUAGACAUGGCGAUCUGGACAUAAUCAGUAAACUAGCUAAAAACACUUCGGUCUCUGAUUUUAUAGAGCACGUGUAACAUAUUAAAGCACAAAUAAUUAUGUUUUUGAUGUUUGAGUUAACAAAAUAAAGAGAUUUGAAUUACUUUUUCAU